AGUGAAGGAUCGACGUAUUAGUAUAUGACACGUCAGGUUGUAUCGCUGUACGCUCGUUGAUUGUACAGUGUUAUAACGCGGUACAUAUUUUUCGGAUUAAAUCGAAUAAUGUAAAUUAAUAACUAUGGGUGGACAAAAGUUUGAAUAUGAUGAAAGUGGUUCGACAUUCUUUUAUUUCGUUUUAUCAUUCCUCGCUCUGAUAUUGGUACCGGCGACAUUUUAUUAUUGGCCGAGAAAAAGGAAAGAAGAUCCAACAAAACAGGCAGAAAGAUGUCAGUGUCCAAAUUGCAAAGAGAAACAGUUAAUCUUGGAACAAUCACAGCCCUACAAAAAGGUUAAAAACUUCUUCAUAAUGCUGGCGAUUAUCUCAGGAUGGGUUCUUCUUGGGUUCCUUGCUAUGAAAGUGUCUCAGUUUGAUUAUGAGAUGUCAAAUUUUGAUCCAUAUGAAAUAUUGGGUCUACCCCCGGGAGCAACCCAGGCUGAAAUUAAGAAAUCAUAUCGUAAACAAUCUUUGAUCUUGCAUCCAGAUAAAGAGACCGGAGAUGAGAAAGCCUUCAUGAAGUUAACAAAAGCCUAUCAGGCUUUAACGGAUGAAGAAGCAAAGAAAAAUUGGGAGAAAUAUGGCAACCCAGACGGUCCUGGUGCUAUGAGCUUUGGUAUAGCUCUGCCGAGUUGGAUUGUGGAGAAGGAGAACAGUGUGUGGGUGCUUGGACUAUAUGCUUUGGUUUUCAUGGUUGCUUUGCCAACAGCGGUUGGUACUUGGUGGUACCGUUCUAUAAGAUUUUCAGGAGAACAAGUUCUAUUAGAUACGACCCAAAUGUAUUUCUAUUUCUGCCACAAAACACCGUCAAUGCCUCUAAAAAGCCUAAUGAUUUUGGCUGCUUCUUGUGAAUUUGAUAAGAGACAUAACUCUGAAAUAAUUGAAAGGAUAACUGAUAACGAGGAGGUACCGAGUUUACUGCGGGAUCUUAAAAAUCUGGGCGAGAAGAAUAAGGAACAGCCUCUAUGUCGUCCUUACAGUAUUAAAGCACGUGCCCUGUUACACGCUCAUCUGUCACGUAUACCCCUACCAAAGGACACAUUGGAAGUCGACAGACGUUACGUGGUGUCUCGAUGCCCUGAUCUUAUUGUGGAAAUGGUGAAUUGUGUCAAUCAACUCAUCGCUCUGGCUUAUGCAAGACGGAUACCACGUCUACCCACAAUAGAAACUAUUGAAAAUUGCAUGAAGAUGUCUCCGAUGAUCGUUCAAGGGCUGUGGGAGAACAAGUCUCCUCUACUUCAGCUGCCGUACAUCACUGAGGAACAUUUCAAAUAUUUCACUAACAGGAAGAAACACAUUAAAUCCUUGUUACAACUGGCACAGCUCCCCAGCGAUGAGAGACGACAGCUGCUGAGGUUUUUGAACGAUUCCCAGUAUGAGGAUCUGAUGAAAGUUUUGGGCAACAUGCCUUACAUACAUUUCCAAGUUAACACCGAAGUUAUCGACGACGAGAACCCGACUGUAGUGACGGCCGGAGCGAUCGUCACGGUCACCGUGUUCCUGAGGAGGACUGACAUGAAGGAACUCUUUGGAGAUACAACUAUAAAGGAAAAGAAUAUUAAGGAUGAAGAAGACGGCGGUGGUGAGAACGCUGAGAAGGGGGAGAAUGGAGAAAACGAUAAAACUGAAAAGAAAGACACAUUCAAGAGACCGGUCUGGAUGAAACAGAAGAAACACGCGCCGGCCAAGAAGAACAAGAAGACGGUCGCUAGAGUGAAGACGGUGGUGGUCGAGAAGACAGAGGUCAAGAAGGACGUUAAAGAAGUUAAGGAAGUUAAAGAACCAAAGAAGAAAGCCGAUGACGGCGAGGAUUCCGACGAGGGUGAUUCCGACGAGUCGGGUUCAAACAGCGAUUCCGACGAGUCGCGCGACAAGUCGUCCGCUGACGACGAUGACGACCAGUGGGAUAAGUUCCAGAAGAGGAUCCAGAAGAGGGAGAGAUUGGAGGGACGCUCUAAGAGCUCACAUCCGGUCCACUGUCCAUACUUCCCAUUGGAGAAGCAGGAGUUCUGGUGGUGUUACAUCUGUGACCGCAAGUCGCACACGCUGUUGACCGCGCCCGCCCACGUGACCGCGCUCGCCGACAACCACGAGCUGCAGCUGCGGUUCACGGCGCCGCGCUGGCCCGGCCUCUACACGCUGGCCUGCUGUCUGAGAUCAGAUUCUUACAUCGGCAUGGACCAGCAGCAGGAUAUGAAGCUGGAUGUGAAGGAGGCGGCUGCUGUGCCCAGCGACCAUCCACAGUGGGACCUCAGUGAUACUGACGAUGAACACAGAGAUGAGGGCGGGAACGAGAGUGAGUUUACAACAGACGACGAGGUGGACGAUGAUUAAUCAUAAAAAAUUAAAUUAUUUUUAUAGAUAUUUUAAUGAGGUGUACACGGGAAUAUGUUGUAUGGUUUGAGAGCGGCUGAGUUAUAAAUAUAGGAACUUUUAUAACCAA